AUGUUCGACAACACACCUUACCCAGAGUCCCCCAGGUCUGAGACGACCACACUUGAGAUGGAGUUGAAGAAGCCUACUAACUUCAGCAUCCGCGAGAGGCUACGGCACUUUACAUGGGCAUGGUACACUCUGACCAUGAGCACUGGAGGGCUAGCUCUCCUCAUUGGGAACCAGCCCAACAGAUUCAAGGGGGUAGACCAAAUCGGCAUGGCAGUAUACAUCGUCGACCUUAUCCUCUUCGCCUUCGUUUGCUCUCUUAUGUCCCUGAGAUUCAUCCUCCACGGGGGGCUCCUCGACUCCCUCCGCCAUGAGAGAGAGGGUCUCUUCUUUCCGACCUUCUGGCUCUCCAUCGCAACCAUCAUCUCCGGCCUAUAUCGCUACUUUGGCGAAGAUGCUGCGGACUCAUUUGCGAUAGCCCUUGAGGUCCUCUUCUGGGUCUACUGUGCCUGCACCCUCACUCUCGCGGUUGUCCAAUACUACUUCCUCUUCUCCUCCCACUCAUACAACCUCCAGACUAUGAUGCCAUCCUGGAUCCUUCCAAUCUUCCCCGUCAUGCUCAGCGGCACCAUCGCCUCCGUCAUUGCCGAGCAACAACCUGCCCGUUCCGCCGUCCCCAUAGUCUGCGCUGGUAUCACAUUCCAAGGUCUCGGGUUCUCGAUCAGCUUUAUCAUGUACUCGCACUAUAUCGGCCGACUUAUGCAAUCGGGCCUUCCAUGCCGCGAACACAGACCGGGUAUGUUUAUUUGUGUUGGGCCUCCGGCAUUCACAGCGCUUGCCCUCGUCGGCAUGACCGCCGGUCUUCCCGAAGAAUUCAAGAUCCUAGAGGACCAGUACGCCAUCGAGGACGCCCGCAUCAUGACCCUCUUUGCCGUAAGCUGCGCGGCAUUCCUCUGGGGUCUUAGUUUGUGGUUCUUCUGCGUCGCGGCCAUUGCUGUCAUCAAGUCGCCACCCACUUCCUUUCAUCUCAGCUGGUGGGCUAUGGUCUUCCCCAACACCGGGUUCACACUCGCGACCAUUACUCUAGGGAACUGGCUCAACAGCCCCGGAAUCAAAGGCGUCGCUAGCGCAAUGUCCGUGUGUAUUGUCUGCAUGUUCAUCUUUGUUUUCGUGAGCCACAUUCGGGCCGUUAUCCGACAGGACAUCAUGUACCCGGGCAGGGACGAGGAUGUUUCCGACUAA